GCCAGUUUUGACGCUGCUAUUGGCGCGAAAUGACGUAUUGGCAGUCUGCGACGUAUCGUUUCAAUGAGUUUCGAGUUUUUAAAUCGUAACAGAAUAGCCUAAUUUAAAUCAAUAAAUAAGAUGAUGGACAUAAAAGAAAUUAUUAAAUGGUUCAUACCGUGCUUUCACAUACUUAGGAACUCAAGUAAAAUGGACGCGCGGUUUGUUUGCGUGGUGUGCUUGGUUAUUUUAAAUAGUGCUUCGUGCGCGAAUGUCCGCAGUGAAAUUACCAAAAAUGUAGGAAUAAGUUUCAAUUAUAAUGGUAGUAAUAUUCAAAAUAUGCAAAAUGGUUAUUUACCAGCUGUAUCAGCUAAUAAUAUGGAGCGCGAUGGAGUGUUGGAGAAUACUGUAGGUCGCACCUUCGGUCGCCCUUUCAAGAAAAUGGCGCAGGCUAUGAUCCCUCUGGCGUUCCAAGUGGGGGCGGCCUCCACGUGGGCCGUCAUAGCCGCCAUCGUCGGAGUCAAGACCUUAGCCGUGGUGCUGCUCAUCCUCAAGCUGUUACUGUUGGCUGGAGCAGCGAAACUUGGGGCUCUGUUCGGCGCCAAAGGCCAGUACAGCGUGGCCUGGGAGACCCCGUAUCCGCACGCGCACCAAAAGGAGAUACAUUUGCACAUACACAACGGACACCACGAGCUCCACGGCGACAGCGCGCUAACCUCCUGGAACAGAGAUGGCGCUGCGGGCGUUCAAGAUGUGAACACGAAUGUGCUAAUGGAUCCAUACGCCGCCGGGCCCCAGACAAUUAGCACUCCUUACGGUAACUACGUCAAAGUGGAACCAGCCGCUAACAAUGGAUUGACUAAUAUUUUUUAAAGAAAGCAUACAAGUGCUCCUGGAAGCUACAGGGAAUCAUUGAGAAAUUCGUCAGCAGUCAUUCUAGAUCUUUCUACAAAAGGUGAUGCUUUAAACCUGAACCGCAUUGCUUGUCUAGCUUUUGACAUAAUCAAGAAACAUUUUUAUCUAAAAGCUCUGAUAAGUCGUGAUCUUAAAGCCACUUCUCAAUCACGCGUCAUUAAUAGAACUGACGUGAUGAUUAGAUACAUUGUUCAUCAAGCCGAAUUGUCGAAAAUUUGUUAUUGAGUAUAUAAAAUCACUAGCCGUACUCGCCCGCUUCGCUGGGCAUUUAAAAUUAACAUAAUUAUUUAUUGUCAUUAUUAUUAGGGAGUCUAACACUCAUAGAAAUAUUAGCCUAUCCAUUAAGUACAUGUAUUUUCUACAUGGAUACCAAGUUUCAAUAUUAGUAAAAAUAUAUUAAGUAGACAAUAUUAGUAAAGAUAUAGAUUCGUAAGUAAAUAAUUUAGACUAUUGUAAAUAUGAUUGUAGCUAGCUCCAAGUGUCUAUGAUAAAUGAUAUACCAAUAAUGAAUUACAUAUCAAUUAGUCCACUUUUUUUUAUUGCUUAGAAGGGUGGACGAGCUCACAGCCCACCUGGUGUUAAGUGGUUACUGGAGCCCAUAGACAUCCGCAACGUAAAUGCGCCACCUAACUUGAAAUAUAAGUUCUAAGGUCUCAAGUAUAGUUACAACGGCUGCCCCACCCUUCAAACCGAAACGCAUUACUGCUUCACGGCAGAAAUAGGCAGGGUGGUGGUACCCACCCGCGCGGACUCGCAAGAGGUCCUACCACCAGUAAAACUUCAUUAUUAUUGAGAUAAAUGAUAUACCAAUAAUCAAAUCAAAUCAAAUCAAAAAAAUUUUAUUCAACAUAAAUGAAAGUACAUACUUGUUGAACGUCAAAAGAACUACCGCCAAUUCACAAGAACUAGCCUCCGUCCUGAGAAGAAUUGGCAAGAAACUCAGCGGGCAUGUCUUUUUUUUUACAUAUAGAAUUAUUAUUUAUUUAUUUUUUAAUAUUAUUAUUUUUUUAAAUAUGAAUUUUUUACACUGAGUAUUAUAACGUAACAAUUACUACAAUAUUGAAAUGCCCGGAGCGAGCAACUCAUUCCCACUUUGUGCAAUCUUCUAGAUAAUGAUUGACUUUAUAGUAAGCUUUAUUGCACAGAUGUUCUUUAAUAGUUUUCUUAAACCUAUGUAUAUGUAGGUUCUGAACAUCAUGUGGGAUUUUGUUGUACAGGCGCACAGACAAACACCCGAAUGAAUUUCGUAUCUUAUGUAACCUACUCAUCGGCACAACAAGCUUGUGUUUGUUCCUAGUAUUUCUAUUAUGUAUGUCCGACUGUUUAGGAAACUCCUCAAUAUGUUUACGAACAUACAUCAAAUUUUCAAAAAUGUACUGGGAUGGCAUAGUGAGAACUUUAAUUUCUUUAAAUUUCUCCCUCAGGGAUUCCCUUGAGUGCAUGUUAUAAAUAGCACGUAGAGCUCUUUUCUGCAGAAUAAAUAUCAUUUCUACAUCGGCCGCAUUGCCCCAUAGCAAAAUGCCAUAGGACAUGACACUGUGGAAGUAACUAAAGUAAACUAAACGAGCCGUGUCCGCGUUUGUUAACAUUCUAAUUUUUUUUACUGCGUAUGCUGCAGAGCUGAGCUUAC